CAGUAAAACUGUCUACAAUCGAGUCUCAUUUUUCAGGCAGUAUGUAUACUGACCGAAACGUAUCAGUGAAUAUACAUAUGACUAAUGAUAGACAUUGACAGUGCUACUGAUAGUGAGUGGUACAAUCAGGACAACAGAUACUGACAGCUUCUGAACUGGUACACGUGUGUCGUAGGAUUCAUAUUCCCGUCUGCACCUGUGGUGUUAAGGUUUUGUGGGAAAAACACUAAGAAGGCUUAUUUCUAGCAUCCAUCAGAUAGAACAGUUGGACAGUCCGACAUAAUACCUUCUUAACAACAGCCACACGGGAGAGCCAGUGUGCCAACAUCUACAUGCGAUAAAACAUUAUGUGGAACUGGAACAACGCGUGUAUCGUUGUUUUCCUGUAUAGCUAUUGGAUUGAGCCCUGUACCAGCAGCGGCAAUGUGUCUGUACAUCUACUGGAAUACCACAAGUCAUCAGACACAGGAUGCAAGGGAGGACUCUUUUCAUCUCAUCCCUGUGAUCCACUGUUCACCUUUUGUCUCAAGGGUUUGUCCAAUAAAGUAUACUGCACAAAGAUGAGCGACAAAUACGAGGGCACACGGGACGUCAAAUUUGGGACUAGCAUUAAUGGCGGAAUAGCCAAUCCCAUCGACAAGCCGUUUACUUCGUUACAGACAGGCGCUGUGUUUGAGGCAAAAGUUGGUGAUGAUUACUGGCUGUCAAACACACCACUUCCUCUAGAUGACAUGACGACAUCUCUACCGCCGUCUCACAAUGGCACAACCACCACUCUCACUGACAAAGAUGCAAGGUUAACUCUGACCAUCACUGUGACCUGUGACCCCCACUACUACGGACCCAGGUGUUCUGUCCUGUGUGACCCAGGACCAGCUGAUCACUACACGUGUGACCCGGAUGGGACGAAGAGGUGCGUUAAAGGUUAUAGCGGAAUUCGAAGUUCCUGCCAACAAACACCUUGUCACAAUGUUGCCUGCCUCAAUGGAGGAAAGUGUAGAGUAGUUGGGUCCACAUUCCACUGUUCUUGUCCUACAGGAUUUAACGGCACGCAUUGUGAGACAACCCUGUGCACAAAGAACACAUGUCAAAAUCAAGGAACGUGUCACUAUUCUGGAUCAAAGGUCACCUGUUCCUGCAAACCUGGAUUUAACGGCGUACAUUGUGAGACAACCCCCUGCACAAGGAAUCCGUGUCAGAAUCAAGGAACGUGUCACUUUUCUGGAUCAAAGGUCACGUGUUCCUGUAAAUCUGGAUUUAACGGUACUCUUUGUGAGACAACACCCUGCACAAGGAAUCCAUGUCAGAAUCAAGGAACGUGUCGCUUUUCUCGAUCAAAGGUCACGUGUUCCUGCAAACCUGGAUUUAACGGUACACAUUGUGAGACAACCCCCUGUACAAAGAAUCCAUGUCAGAAUCAGGGAACGUGUCACUUUUCUGGAUCAAAAGCCAACUGUUCCUGUAAACCUGGAUUUAACGGUACACAUUGUGAGACAACCCCCUGUACAAAGAAUCCAUGUCAGAAUCAGGGAACGUGUCACUUUUCUGGAUCAAAAGCCACCUGUUCCUGUAAACCUGGAUUUAACGGUACACAUUGUGAGACAACCCCCUGUACAAAGAAUCCAUGUCAGAAUCAAGGAACGUGUCACUUUUCUGGAUCAAAAGCCACCUGUUCCUGUAAACCUGGAUUUAACGGCGUACAUUGUGAGACAACCCCCUGUACAAGGAAUCCAUGUCAGAAUCAAGGAACGUGUCACUUUUCUGGAUCAAAGGUCACGUGUUCCUGUAAAUCUGGAUUUAACGGUACUCUUUGUGAGACAACACCCUGCACAAGGAAUCCAUGUCAGAAUCAAGGAACGUGUCACUUUUCUGGAUCAAAGGUCACCUGUUCCUGUAAACCUGGAUUUAACGGUACUCUGUGUGAGACAACCCCCUGUACAAAGAAUCCAUGUCAGAAUCAAGGAACGUGUCACUUUUCUGGAUCAAAGGUCACGUGUUCCUGUAAAUCUGGACUUAACGGUACUCUUUGUGAGACAACCCCCUGCACAAGGAAUCCAUGUCAGAAUCAAGGAACGUGUCACUUUUCUGGAUCAAAGGUCACCUGUUCCUGUAAACCUGGAUUUAACGGUACUCUGUGUGAGACAACCCCCUGCACAAGGAAUCCAUGUCAGAAUCAAGGAACGUGUCACUUUUCUGGAUCAAAGGUCACGUGUUCCUGUAAACCUGGAUUUAACGGUACACAUUGUGAGACAACCCCCUGUACAAAGAAUCCAUGUCAGAAUCAGGGAACGUGUCACUUUUCUGGAUCAAAAGCCACCUGUUCCUGUAAACCUGGAUUUAACGGUACACAUUGUGAGACAACCCCCUGUACAAGGAAUCCAUGUCAGAAUCAGGGAACGUGUCAUAUUGUUAGGUCGAAGGCCACCUGUUCCUGUAAACCUGGAUUUAACGGUACUCUUUGUGAGACAACCCCCUGUACAAAGAAUCCAUGUCAGAAUCAAGGAACGUGUCACUUUUCUGGAUCAAAGGCCACCUGUUCCUGUAAACCUGGAUUUAACGGCGUACAUUGUGAGACAACCCCCUGUACAACGAAUCCAUGUCAGAAUCAAGGAACGUGUCAUAUUGUUAGGUCGAAGGCCACCUGUUCCUGUAAACCUGGAUUUAACGGCGUACAUUGUGAGACAACCCCCUGCACAAAGACUCCAUGUCAGAAUCAAGGCACGUGUCAUUUUGUCGGGUCGAAAACCACCUGCUCCUGUCCAUCUGGAUUUAACGGCAUCCACUGUGAGAUAACUCCCUGUACAAAGAAUCCAUGUCAGAAUCAAGGAACGUGUCACUUUUCUGGAUCAAAGGCCACCUGUUCCUGUAAAUCUGGAUUUAACGGCACCCACUGUGAGAAAACUCCAUGUACAAAGAAUCCAUGUCAAAAUCAAGGAAAAUGUCACUAUUCCGGAUCAAAGGUCACCUGUUCCUGUAAAUCUGGAUUUAACGGUACACAUUGUGAGACAACCCCCUGUACAAAGAAUCCAUGUCAGAAUCAAGGAACGUGUCACUUUUCUGGAUCAAAAGCCACCUGUUCCUGUAAACCUGGAUUUAACGGCGUACAUUGUGAGACAACCCCCUGUACAAGGAAUCCAUGUCAGAAUCAAGGAACGUGUCACUUUUCUGGAUCAAAGGUCACCUGUUCCUGUAAAUCUGGAUUUAACGGUACUCUUUGUGAGACAACACCCUGCACAAGGAAUCCAUGUCAGAAUCAAGGAACGUGUCACUUUUCUGGAUCACAGGUCACCUGUUCCUGUAAACCUGAAUUUAACGGUACACAUUGUGAGACAACCCUCUGUACAAGGAAUCCAUGUCAGAAUCAGGGAACGUGUCACUUUUCUGGAUCAAAGGUCACCUGUUCCUGUAAACCUGGAUUUAACGGUACUCUGUGUGAGACAACCCCCUGUACAACGAAUCCAUGUCAGAAUCAAGGAACGUGUCACUUUUCUGGAUCAAAGGCCACCUGUUCCUGUAAACCUGGAUUUAACGGCGUACAUUGUGAGACAACCCCCUGUACAAAGAAUACAUGUCUGAAUCAAGGAACGUGUCAUAUUGUUAGGUCGAAGGCCACCUGUUCCUGUAAACCUGGAUUUAACGGCGUACAUUGUGAGACAUUCCCCUGCACAAAGAAUCCAUGUCAGAAUCAAGGCACGUGUCAUUUUGUCGGGUCGAAAACCACCUGCUCCUGUCCAUCUGGAUCUAACGGCACCCACUGUGAGAUAACUCCCUGUACAAAGAAUCCAUGUCAGAAUCAAGGAACGUGUCACUAUUCCGGAUCAAAGGUCACCUGUUCCUGUAAAUCUGGAUUUAACGGAUUGCUCUGUGAUACGCCGUCAAACACAAAGAAGGUCACUGCAUCGUCGACUCUUGAAACAGUAGGGACUCCCUCAAACUCUCCUCCAACAGGUUGUCCCCACAACAUCAGUAACUGUGUGUUCGCGGAGUGUCCAUAUCCGAACCCUGCGCGAUGUGUGCGUUGUCAGGCUGGCUACACGCAGGUUGAAGGAAGAUGCAUGGCCUGUCCAUCCCGAACCCCCAUCCUGCACUGUGAGGAAGAGGCAUCAUCCGGAUGUCUGUUCAGGUGGUGCCGUAGGUGCGAGCAGGGAUUCUACCGGGAAGCUUCUGCUUGUGAAGUGUGUCCCCGUCUCCACGCCGGAUGUCGGGAUCACGUCUGCUCCUCUACUGAUGACGUCAGAUGUGUCAGUUGUCAUCCGGGCUUCUUCCUGGCUGGAGGCUACUGCAAGGAAUGCCCUUCCCAAAACCCAACAUGCGACGAAGUCAUCUGUAGUGAUGCCAAUGACGUGACAUGUACCAAGUGUAAAGAUGGAUACUUAGAAGUAGACGGACAAUGUAUUCUGUGUCCGUCAACGAGCCUGAUCCCUGACUGUGUGGACGUCGUCAGAGACGGCUGCUUCAAACACUGGUGUAGGAAGUGUGCUCCUGGCUUCUUCAUCAGCGGAACAGUUUGUGAUGUUUGCCCCCUACCGGAUGUGGGCUGUGAGCUGGCGGAGUGUAAUUCCACCCAAUACUCGCAAUGUGCCAGAUGUUUCCAUGGCUACGACUUACAAGGUGGAACGUGCACGCAUUCCCAUGGUAACGAAUCAAUCACUACUUCAACCCGGUGCUUGGACAGCCCACACGUCAACUGUGCCUCCCUACAGUCAUCUCUCAAAGUCUGCUCAGAACCGAGUACGGCCUGUCGCUACUGCCCUCGAUACUGCAACAUGUGUCACACGUGUACACAAGGCGUGCCUAUCAUUGGAUGAUGAAAAAGCGAGUGUGUGAGUGAGUUGUGUUUUAAGCUGCUCUGCGCAGUAUUUCAGUGACAUCGCGAUGCGAGCUUGUUGUGGGGGGAAAUCUCGAAGUGAUGCAUAUCUUCAGUGUUUAUCAG